AUGGCUCUGGCUCUGAUGGGCACCGUAAAUGGAGCCCAGCCAGGCCCCGUGGAAGAACUCGCCAAACUCGAGUAUCUGUCUUUAGUGUCGAAGGUUUGCACUGAGCUGGACAAUCAUUUGGGGAUCAACGACAAGGAUCUGGCUGAAUUUGUGAUCAGUCUUGCUGAGAAGAAUACCACCUUUGAUACUUUCAAGAUUUCGCUUGUGGAAAAUGGUGCGGAAUUCACGGAUUCUCUUAUAAGUAAUUUACUACGUCUCAUACAAACCCUGCGGCCUCCAGCAAAGCCUUGUACCAGCAAAGAUCCAGUUGUUAAACCCAAAACUGAAAAAGAAAAGCUGAAGGAACUCUUCCCCGGCCUCUGCCAGCCAGACAACCCUUCUGUUCGGACCAUGUUGGACGAGGAUGACAUGAAAGUUGCCGUGGAUGUCCUGAAAGAACUGGAAGCCUUAAUGCCCAGCGCGGCCGGCCAGGAGAAGCAGAGAAACCCCGAACACCGGGAAAAAAACAAAAAGAAGAAGCGGAGCCGGAGCCGAGAUCGAGACAGAGACAGAGAACGAGACAGGGAGCGAGACAGAGACCGAGACCAUAAACGGAGACACCGGUCACGUUCCCGAUCACGUUCCAGAACGCGGGAAAGGAAUAAAGGGAAGUCAAGAUACCGGUCCAGGAGCAGAAGUCAGAGUCCUGUCAGAGACCGCAAGGAGCGGGACAAGUAUGGAGAGCGGAGUCUGGACAGGUGGCGGGAUAAGCACGUGGACCGCCCUCCCCCCGAGGAGCCCGCCAUCGGGGACAUUUACAGUGGCAAGAUUACCAGCAUCAUGCAGUUCGGGUGCUUCGUGCAGCUGGAGGGACUAAGGAAACGAUGGGAAGGGCUUGUGCACAUUUCUGAGCUCCGGAGGGAAGGUCGUGUGGCCAAUGUGGCUGAUGUGGUGAGCAAAGGCCAGAGGGUCAAGGUCAAAGUGUUAUCCUUCACUGGGACCAAGACCAGCCUGAGCAUGAAGGAUGUGGAUCAAGAGACUGGAGAAGAUCUGAACCCGAAUCGACGGAGAAAUCUUGUUGGGGAAGCAAAAGCAGAGACCUCAAUGCGGAAUCCUGACAGACCCACUCACCUCUCCCUCGUCAGCGCCCCUGAAGUAGAGGAUGAUUCGCUGGAGCGCAAGCGUCUCACUCGUAUCUCUGAGGCAGAGAAGUGGGAGAUCAAACAGAUGAUUGCUGCCAAUGUCCUUUCCAAAGAAGAGUUUCCAGACUUUGAUGAAGAGACUGGCAUCCUGCCCAAGGUGGAUGAUGAGGAAGAUGAAGAUCUGGAAAUUGAACUGGUCGAGGAAGAGCCUCCAUUCCUAAGAGGACACACCAAGCAGAGCAUGGACAUGAGCCCCAUUAAAAUUGUGAAGAACCCAGACGGCUCCCUCUCUCAAGCAGCCAUGAUGCAGAGCGCCUUGGCUAAGGAAAGGCGGGAACUCAAGCAAGCCCAGCGGGAAGCCGAGAUGGAUUCUAUCCCCAUGGGACUCAACAAACACUGGGUUGAUCCUCUGAACUUCAUCCAGGCUCGUUCCCUGCGCCGGGCCCAGGACAUCCGCAAGCAGAUGUUGGGUAUCAUGGACAGACACAAGCUGGAUGUGGUCUCAUGUGGCAAGUCCACAGUCCGCGUGCAGAAGGCCAUCUGCAGUGGGUUCUUCAGGAAUGCUGCCAAGAAAGACCCACAGGAGGGUUACCGGACGCUGAUUGACCAGCAGGUGGUCUACAUCCACCCUUCCAGUGCACUCUUCAACAGACAGCCUGAAUGGGUGGUGUACCACGAGCUGGUGCUGACCACGAAGGAGUACAUGCGUGAGGUCACCACCAUCGGUCCCCGGUGGCUUGUGGAGUUUGCCCCCGCCUUCUUCAAGGUUUCUGACCCGACCAAGCUAAGCAAGCAGAAGAAACAGCAGCGUCUGGAGCCCCUGUACAACCGCUAUGAGGAGCCCAACGCCUGGAGAAUAUCCCGUGCCUUCCGGCGACGCUGA